CUUCCUGGGGACAGGGUAGGGGACUGCUUCCCUCUGGUGGUGUUUCUACUUUCCCUGGUCUCACUCCUUUGCUGUCUUGUCUCCUGUAGGCUUGGGGAUCAGUUCUACAAGGAAGCCAUUGAGCAUUGCCGGAGCUACAACUCCCGGUUGUGUGCAGAGCGGAGUGUGCGUCUCCCCUUCCUGGACUCGCAGACUGGGGUGGCCCAGAACAAUUGCUAUAUCUGGAUGGAGAAGAGGCACCGAGGCCCAGGCCUUGCUCCGGGCCAGCUGUACACGUACCCUGCCCGCUGCUGGCGCAAGAAGCGACGAUUGCACCCGCCAGAGGACCCAAAGCUGCGACUCCUGGAAAUAAAACCUGAAGUAGAGCUGCCCCUGAAGAAAGAUGGCUUCACCUCUGAGAGUACCACGCUUGAAGCCCUUCUUCGUGGUGAGGGAGUGGAGAAGAAGGUGGAUGCCAGAGAGGAGGAAAGCAUCCAGGAAAUACAGAGGGUGUUGGAAAAUGACGAAAAUGUAGAAGAAGGGAAUGAAGAGGAGGAUUUGGAAGAGGACAUUCCCAAGCGCAAGAACAGGACCAGAGGACGGGCUCGUGGCUCUGCUGGUGGCAGGAGGAGACAUGAUGCUGCUUCUCAGGAAGACCACGACAAACCCUACGUGUGUGACAUCUGUGGCAAACGCUACAAGAACCGGCCGGGACUCAGCUACCACUAUGCUCACACUCAUCUGGCCAGCGAGGAGGGAGAUGAAGCCCAAGACCAGGACACUCGGUCCCCGCCCAACCACAGAAAUGAGAACCACAGACCCCAGAAAGGACCAGAUGGGACGGUCAUUCCCAACAACUACUGUGACUUCUGCUUGGGGGGCUCAAACAUGAACAAGAAGAGUGGGAGGCCUGAAGAGCUGGUGUCCUGUGCAGACUGUGGACGUUCUGGUCACCCAACUUGCCUGCAGUUCACCCUGAAUAUGACCGAGGCAGUCAAGACCUACAAGUGGCAGUGUAUAGAAUGCAAGUCCUGUAUCCUGUGUGGGACCUCGGAGAAUGAUGACCAGCUACUCUUCUGCGAUGACUGUGACCGUGGUUAUCACAUGUACUGUUUAAAUCCCCCAGUGGCUGAACCCCCGGAAGGAAGCUGGAGCUGCCAUUUAUGCUGGGAGCUACUCAAAGAGAAAGCCUCAGCCUUUGGCUGUCAGGCCUAGGGCCUCAGGUCACUGAGUGUGACCAGCCACCAGAGAGGCUGAACUGGAGCCCUGUUGGAUCCAGAUGGAGUUCUCCUCCUGCAUAUCCACACAGACCAACUGUAAGGAAAAUGAAUAGUUAUGGAAGGACAUGAACUCGUGGAACCAAGGGGGCAAAGUCUCUACUCACCUACUGCCUAUGACCGCCAGCCCCACACGUGGUACUUCAGCCUGUCCUUCCUCUUUCUACCAGAAGGAGCUUGUGCUUCUGAAGAACAAUCCAGCCCCAGCCCUGUGUAAACUUCCUCACAUUCGCCCUCACAGUACAUGCCUCUCCUUGCUUCCUAUUUUAGAGGAAGCCAUUUUUUGACUGCUCACCAAUCUCUUGUGUGUUAUUUGGUGGUGUUGUUUUUUAAUCUAUUGUGUUUCAAGAUCCCUUCACAGUCUCUUCACCUUUAGCUUAGGCUCUUCAUCCUAAACUCUCACAGAGGAACAAGACGCUGUGGAGAAGUUGUUAUUUUGCUACAAAUUUCACCGGAAAUGGCUACAUUUGGAGGCCAUCUUGAAGACGGAAGGUGGAAACCUCUUGGUUAAAGAGAUUUGUAGUUUUUGAACCUGAGCAGUGGUAUGAAUAGCUGGCAUGGUCUCCAUCCACUGCACCACCACCUGAGGAGGGGUUGAGAGGGCCCGAGAGAUGGGAGGGGAAGCUGGGAACCCAGCAUAACCAGCCAGUAUUUGCUGUUCAUCAAGAGAGACUUUGCAAGGGACUCGGUGGUUCCUUGACCUUCAGACCUGUGGUGUCCUUGAGGUGAGACAAACCACAGCCUACAAACACAGAAAAGUGAUGAAGAUUCCCAGUGCCUCCCAAAUGAAUUGAGUGUCAAGGCCUGGCUCAAUUUCUGCUGAUGGGUCUCAAGCAUCAGAGAGGUGGGCAAAGGCUGCCCAUUCAAUGGUCCAAUGUUGGAUAAAAGAGAGUGUUGGUUUGAGAAACACUUCAGUGUUAAUGCUAACUAUGAAUUCCUUUCCCGGGCAAUUUCCUCCUUCCAUGUUUGCCAGUGACUACUGAGAUGUGACUGGAAGUUUUAGAAUGGAGGAGAGAUGAUCAUUACUUAACUAGAUCAUUGAGCAUGGUGAUUACUUGUGACCAGGUGGCAAUGAUUCAGAACCCUCACCUGCUCUUGUACCUUAAUCCUCCCCCCAUAUGAGCUGGACUCCUGUUUGAAAUAAGAAAGUUUCCAGAGAAAGAGGUAGGGAGGCCUAGAUUCCGAGAACUCUGUGAAUCGGACGACAGCAUUGUGGGCUGGAGUGGGUUGGGCUGUCUUUGAAUCACAGCAUGACAACUGACACAUUUCUGGAAAAAUCAUUUGCCCAAAGGGCAGGUCUCAGUGAGCAGGACCCUCGCGCAUGCUCGGCUUCCCUGAAAUCAGCUCCAUCGCUGUGGUCCAGCAGCUUGCAACAAAGGCCUGGGUUAUUUUUAGUCUUCAGCUCCUGAAGAAGCCCCUGGAGACCUGGGCUAGUUGGGCCACUCUGCCCAGAUGCAGCAGUGCCUCUACCCACACCACAGGAGUCAUCCUCCCCCGGCUAAUUGCUCUUGGCAUGUGGACCCAGGGCAGCCUGGCAUGGAGCCAAGCGGUGUGCACCCUAACCCCCACUCCUUUGCAGAGUGACCUGUGGCAAGAGAGUGGGGGUCAUUCUCCUGCAGGCCUUGUGGCCUCAGAGCUAGUUAGAUGCAUACAUAAUGAUCUCAUUUAAAGGGCCCCUGUCCAGACAGUGUUUUUGCCUUCCUCACAAGCUCUCUCCUUCCUUCUGUUGGUUGCUGAGCCUGUGUGGAUUCUAAAGGCCCAGGGAAGGGCAACUCCACAGAGAGGUACAUUCCCUCUUCAGAAUCUGCUGGCUUGCUCUUUCUUCCAACAACACCUUAAGCAGAAUAUCCUCAAAGACUAAUUACUUGGUUGGGGAUUCGU